UCAAAAAGGGAGGAAAUCAGGAGAGAGAGGACCAUAAUUGUGUGUUUUUGCCUUUCAGUGAUUGACAGAAACAAACUGCAGCAGCAGCUGAGUCUCAGACCAGUUGGUGCAAAGGUUGCUGCUAAUAAUACACAUGAACACACAUUCACACACACACACACACACACACACACACACACACACACAAAGAGACAACACGUUUAACUGAUGCACUGAUAUUCUGUUGAUUGGUUAUGUUGCUUAAUCGGCAUUGUAUUAUGAAAUUCCUGCCAUAAAGCAACACAGUGUUCAGCCACCUCAGCAGAAAUAAUGGGACCUUGAAGGACCGGGAGACCUGACAGAGUGAACACGCUGAAAAGAUUUAUGUUGAACGGACCUUUGUCACAGACCUGGGAGGAUAACGUUACAGCGGAAAUAGAAGAGUAUUCUUGACCUCUCAGGGUGUAACAGGAGUGAACACGGAGCUUCAGCAGAAGCAAACAGAACGGAGCAAAGACUCAGAGAAACCUUCCCACAUCCAAAAACUGAAGCUGAGGUGAAGUCAGCACUGGAGCCUGUUGGACUGAAGCAUUUCUGGGCUGGAUUUCACAGCGUGCACACAUUUGGAGCGUGUGGAAUGCUGGAAGCCAGUUGCCACCUUAUCCACAUAAUGCAGCACACGCCCCACACAUGGGUGAAGAAGCUUCACUGCUGACAUCUGAGGGUUUCAACUGUUAUUAAUGCACAGCAGCAGCUCUGAAUUUCUGCAGGAUUAACCGUCAAAGGAUCUGAACUCAUUCUUGAUUUCAUCGUUGUUGUGUUUGUACAUUUACAGUGGAUUACAACCUCAUCUCUUGGCUUUGACUUGGAUAAUCUUCACUACUGUGUUGAGUUCUGACUCUCCUUUAAUAGUUUAGACCUGGUCAGAGAUCUGGAUGUGGGUUCAGAUGGUCCUCAACUCGGUGCUGGUGGUCCUGACGGACUUGGCAGCCAGGUUACUGGGUAACUCUCUGUGCCGGCAGCAUUUCCACCUGCUGCUGUCUGCGGUGGUGGUGUUCGGCCCUGCGCUGAGCCUCUGGGUGUCUCAGCACAGUGUGUUCGCCAAGAGAAGCCACUUCCUCUACAGAUUGUUCUUGCGCUCUGGUUGGGGCUGGACCUGCAUCUUCCUCGGCUCCUUCGUCUUCCUCCUCUCCUUCUCCAUCCGUCGUUCCCUCUCGCUCUCCCUUCGUCACCUCUCCAGGCUUGCAGUGGCCGGUGGUCUCUGGCUGGGCUGCUGUAAACUCCUGGACCUCCUGGAGAACGCCACAGGAAGCUGCUACGAAGCUUUACAGCCCGGUUCAGAGGUCGCCAACGGGCAGCCUCUGCUGGUGCUGCGCGAGGGCGAAAGCAAGUGUGAGUGCCUGAAGGCCGGGAUGCUGUGGAGGGGGUACGAGGUUUCAGAGGAUGUUUUCCUCCUCUGUCUAUGUUGCCUGCUGCUGGUGGAGGAAGCGUCCGUGUUCGGCCCUUAUCUCAGCCUCGGGGGGACAUCUGAUGCCCCUCUGAGGAUCCUCUUCUUGUUUUGUGUGCUUCUUCUGGCACUCUGGAUCUUUCUGUUGCUCUGUCUUCUGGCCUACUUCCCUCACUUCCCCACCCAGCUGCUGGGGGGCGCUCUAGGCUGUCUGGUUUGGAGGGGACUGUAUCAGGGCUGGUAUCGCAAGGGGCCCAGCUGGUGCUGCCCAGGGAGACCCGGUCAUGGACUGCUCAACACCAAGAUCAGCAGUACUGAGACAGAGGAUGCAAUGAUCCACAAUCACUACCACUAACUGCGGAAACAAAAACCAUUUAUCAAACAUGAAACAACUGAGGGACUCAAGAUUGUGUGUGUUUCUGUAUGUUGUUUGACUUUUACUGGGAGUUUUCUCCUUACUGCACACAAAUCAUUGUGGAUUUACUGCCUGUCCUCACAGGUAACACAGUACUUUCACAUUGUAAGCGAUACAUACAGCAAGUUUAUGAUGCAACACAAUUGGUUGUGUCAUCAUCCGUGGGCUCAACAAAGCCCAGACAGAUCCGUGUGUCGUCCUGUUGUGAGGCAAUAGGUAUUUUGGGCCAUGUCAGUGACAGGGUUAGUCUUUUGUACGUCAGGUUUUCUUCUUCGUGAAUCCAGGAGACAUUUAAUCUGAUGAGAAGCGAGGUUGUCAUCUUGGGCCUCAUGUUGUAUUCAAUGAGUUUCUCCUUAAAGUACCUGUGACAUCAAUUUCUUUUGAUAAAUGUGAUUCCACUUUUGGAAAGAUAACAUGGAUAUCAUAUUGCAAAAGCAAUUUCACACCAGUGAGAUGAACAGUUGUUGAGAUACUUGCAUGUGAAGUAACAGGAAGUGAUGUCAAAGGGGAACGUCUGCAUGUAAAC